CCCCCCUCCCUCCGCUAUAAAACCUCGCCACCGACUGUGUACUCACUCUCUGCCGCCCUCCUCCUCUCGUUAGCGAGGCGAAAUGGAGAAACCCUACCGUUCUUUCUCACCGGCGGAGUGUGCGACCGCGUCUCGAACCCUAGGCCAUGACUGAGCUCCGGGGAGCUUCUUCUUCUUCUUCUUCUCUAUAUUCUCCUUCGCUUAGACCUUUGGGGCCUUUCUUACCAUCGAGGGACCGAUGAACAGCACGGCGGCGGGGGGUUGCCGGCCGCCGUUCACAGCGUCGCAGUGGCAGGAGCUGGAGCACCAGGCGCUCAUCUACAAGUACCUCAUAGCCGGAGUCCCCGUGCCCCCUGAUCUCCUCAUACCCAUCCGGAGGAGCUUCGAGGCCGUCCAUGCUCGCUUCUACCACCACCCCGCCCUGGGUUACUACUCCUUCUAUGGGAAGAAACUGGACCCGGAGCCUGGUCGAUGCCGUCGGACCGAUGGGAAGAAGUGGCGGUGCUCCAAGGAUGCGUACCCUGACUCCAAGUACUGUGAGCGCCACAUGCAUCGUGGCCGCAACCGUUCAAGAAAGCCUGUGGAAUCACAAACCCUCUCUCAGUCACAGUCAUCAUCCUCGACUGUGACAUCCCUUGCUCCCUCCGGGAGCACUGCAAGUGGGACCGGCAGUGGGAGCUUUCAGAGCAUACCUCUGCACUCCAUCUCAGGUGGCAGCAACCUCCAGGGCUCAUACCCUUGGCGGACCAACUCCUCUCAGCUGCGCAUGGACCCUAGCUCCUAUGGAAUUGGCAGCAGCAGCAGGUACCUCUCUGAAGUGAAACCUGGGGUGGAUGAGCAUAGCUUCUUUUCAGAAGCAUCUGGAAGUGCAAGGGGUCUUGGGACGGACUCAACAGUGGACAGUUCAUGGCACCUGAUGCCAUCUCGGGUUUCCUCAUUUCCGCUGUCAAAAGCUAGGGAGCAGCCUUCCAUUCUACAGAGUGCUUAUCCUCAGUUUCAGUCAGUGCAAGAUCUUGGGCAGGUAACCAUAUGCUCGCUGUCAAAACAUGAGCAGCAGCAUUCCUUCUUUGGAGGUGAUUUUGGGUCAGCAGAACCUGUAAAGCAUGAAGGCCAUUCACUCCGGCCUUUCUUUGACGAGUGGCCUAAGACGAGGGAUUCAUGGUCAGACCUGGAAGAGGAGAGAUCCAACCGGACCUCAUUCUCCACAACCCAGCUCUCGAUUUCCAUCCCAAUGGCCUCCUCUGACUUCUCCACAACCUCUUCGAGGUCUCCCAAUGAUGACUGAGAGAGAAGUCUUCAGGCCUUGUGGGUCCGGCUCUUUGAGUCCGGAAGUGCCUGAGGUAUCAGACUAUCAGCAGUACUUUUAGGAUUGCCCGUAUGGUUUUCUUUGAUCUUUUAAGAAAUUGGCCUGAGUUUUGUUAUCAAUCUCUCCAUCUAGUGGAGCUGUUUGACUAAUAACUGUUUGGGUCUGUGGCUAUUUUUAAUUAUUAUUAUUUUUAUGUACUGGAACUGCCUGUGAACACUUUAUGGAAGCAACUUUGUAAGUUUAGUGCCUGGAGCACUGAAGUCAUCUAUCAUCCGUAUGUUCAGAAUGGUGGGAUUAAAGGAUUCCUAGGUCCCAGCCAACACUGGCUCUGGUUCAGGGACAAUGAUAUCUAUCCGUGUGACAUUAUUCCAGUUUUCUAUCUCCCAGCUUUUGUUGGCGUCCUGCCUCUUCAUUCACUGGAAUUGCUCGUUUGAUUGCCAAAGUGGAAACGCCCAACUAGAAACAGGGGAAAAGAGAUGCCCAGGGUUUGGGAUUGAGAUAAUCUUUAAAGCGGGGGUGCUGGGACAUGGGCUUGUUGAUAGCUUGUACAGAGAAUUUGUUCUUGGCUUGGAUGCCUGUGCAGCACUGGCUAAGCGAUCGAACUCUAUGCUGUCAGCUGCCUUGUAUUCAACUUGGAAUCUAUAAGCUGGGUUUCCGAACAUGAUCGAAUAAAUGUUUUUGU